CAUCAGUAGAAAAAACGCCGUCUGAUGGAAUAGAUGUGCUAGUGACAGAGGGAACCGAACCGAACGGAGGUACCAAAAGGCGACAUUCUCGACUCGUUUGGCGCCAUAUUUACUAGGACCAAUCGGAGUCGCCAGCUCUGUAUUUGCGUGACUGCGUGUGUGCGCGAGAUAGUCCUGUUUUUUGGACCCCCCUUUGUUUGUGUAACUUCGCGCGCUUUUGUGUUUUAUAUACCAACGGGUCGGAAAAUCGGGUACCAAAAAAAGGGAUUUGAAAAGGCGUGAGAUUUGCGGCCAGCUGCUGGACGACUGCCAGCGGACUGAAAUCUUAAUUAGCCAUUUAAUGGCAGUUGGCACACAACAAAGCCCCAUGCAGCAGCAUUUGCAGCCGGAACUGUAGCCCAUACAAAGCUGAUCAGCUUGAGUGUUUUAUGGUGGCCCCAAAGUGGCAACUACAGCCUUAACAUACAACUAACAAGCACAACAUCGGCUUAGGGCAGCAGGAAGUAUCAACACGAGCCAAGGAAACAAAGCAAUCUAUAAAGAUGGCCGGCGGGGGCAGGACAGCCGGCAAAUACGGAUAUUCGGACAACAAUUAUUACAGUGGUCACUCGUACAAGAGCAUCAACGAUGAGAUUAUACUGGUCAGCAUCAUAAUGGGCAUCACCAUACUGGUCCUCAUCACCAUCGCACUGUGCUACAUUGCGUACGAGAAGUGCCAGAAGAAGCGGGAGUACUAUAUCAACGCCUAGAGGUUGUCCCCAAGGGAAUUCGAGAACAACGGAAUGAUGCUUUCCUUCCCUUCGUCCUGUGUUUUUGUUAUCCUGUGCAGGGAGGAGGCGGUGCAAGGCCAAAUGUCAACAUGGUCGGCGACAAUGUUGACGUUGACGAUUUAGUUGGCCAACAAAAAUAACCCAGAGUGGCUGCGCCCAACUGCCGGCUUGCGUUUUUUCUCCUUGCAACCCCAACCCAACUUGCAACCCGAAUACCCGGCAGACACGUACCCAAAUCGGAAACCAGUGGCAUUUUUGUGCUGCUUAAACGUUUCGCCAUCUCCGUUGGCUUUGCCACAGUUGCAGUUUCUCGAGUGCCGGGAAACAUGGCUCCUUUGUUCGGAUUGUUUGCCCACUGUGCACAGUGGGUGCCAGCACUCGCCACUUGCCACUUGACAUUUGACCAGCCAAUUAGGCGUUUUCUAUUUUCCCAUUUUGUAUUUUCUUUGCUGCAGUCUCGUUGCGAAAACAUGGACACAACUGUAAUGGCAUAGCACUUUUUAAAUUCUCCUGCUGCUGAAGGAAGAGGAGACUUUUUAAGACAUUCAUAAAUUCGAGUUUUUAUGCCGCAUCCAGGCAUUUCAAUUUAAAAUGCAAUUCACUCGAAUUCCACCAUGCAGCAACCUUUUGUUUGUCAAACCGAGCUGGAAUAAUAAAAAAAAGCAACCUCACACCACGGAAUAAUGGCAGCGAAAGAAAUAUAAGCGAUACUCUUGCAGUGCGCUCCGUCGAUAUGGUUGCCCCGAACUGAAUGCUGGAUACAUUGUGCAUAUGUGCACUGAGAGAAAAGUGUGAUGAUAUCAUUCAAAAUCACAAAUAAACGACACUUCUCAUGGGUCGUAAUUUUUAACCAACAAAAGCUUUAUUUAAGAAUAAUUAUAACAAUAGCAACCAUUAUUGAUGAUGCAUAAUCCAAAAAUGGAUCAAGUUCCAUCAAUUUCCAAAUCGGAAUUUCAUAUGAAAUUCAUAUGAACAAUGAAUACAAAACCAACGAUACUAAAACAUGAAACACCUAAAAAUAUAUAUACUAACACGUUUUAUGAUUUCUUAUAUUAAUUAUGUUUUAUAUUUCAUUUAAACCACUUUUUUUUCAGAAAUAUAUUUUUUUUUAUUUUUUCAUAACAUAGUUUUUUUUAGUGAUUUCAAGAUUUUUAUUAUUCUUAUAGUUUUUAAUAACUCCAAUUUAUGGCAGACUGUGUGCUCUGUGUGGUCUUACACACAUUCCAAUUUCGAGUAUUGACAGCGCGGGAGCAUUUAACUAUCCAAUGGAGAGGGGAAAAGAAACCCACCAGCUAGUGAGUGACUUUUCUUAUAUCCUUUUUGGUUCGUCUUUUUCCCUGAUGCUCUGUGGGAUCUGCUUUUUUUUGGGAUUGGGUUCAAGACCGUGUCCCGAGGCCGUAAUAAUAAAAACAGUAGCGGAAACUGGGUGCAGUGCACGCGAACAAAGCGUUGAGGAACAAUAAGGGAAAUCGCCCAGCGAUUUCGUGGUAGCAAAGCGAUUCCAAGGGAAAUAGGCAGAAGAUAAAGGCCAGAAAGAGUUGGCAUUAAACUAGAGCAAAAUGAAGCACAUUUAAAGGCCUCUAACGGCAAACGUAGCUGUGGGCAUAAAUUAAAGCUCUUGUCAGGCGAAAGGCUCCACAGAAAUAACCAUCUCACAUCCUGAAAUCGACAAAAAAACCAACACACAUCCGCCUUUUGCCAAUGUGUCGGGAACUCAUGGUUAAUCAGCUUAGACAACCUCCGUCAUCGGGUUCGAGGCAUUUUGUUGUUUUGCCUGCUUUUUUGGGCACAUCAAGAGGCCUAAGAGCAAACAAAUAACUCGAGUUCGGUGGCCAAGGGGGCUUUUUUCCCUGGAAAUGCUUUUAAAAAUUAAACAACUGAUAAAUGACAAAGUUCGUUGGACCAGAAAUUAUCGUUUGACAAAUUGGCAGGCCCCGAUGAGAGCUCAUCUAUUGCCUGGCAACCACGUGGUGAGCAAGUCCUUUUAAGAUCCUGCAGAUGAAGAGCACUUACGGCGGAGCCAGACGAAUUACUAGUGACCAAAUGGUUCUAUUGACUUGGAAAAUUAACUAAGAGAAGAUUUUGCGUUGAAGGAUUUACGAUGAAGGACUUAAAGUAAGGUCGCGAAUAUUUUCUUUGUUCUCUGUCCUAUAUGAUUUCUUUUAUGGCUUUAUUAUAUUUUCCAAGAUGUUUUUUGUUCACUUGCGCUGGUAUUCAAGUUUCUUUAACCUCUUUUAUUGUUACGCUCUGCAACACAAAACUUUGACCACAAACCCGUACACAAAAGUUAACUUGACACUCAACCACCGAAAUGUAGUUAAAUAGUGCAUCAUCAAAAAAAUAGACAAGGAUUCAGAGUACGGUAAGGAAAAGGACUUUACUAAUUAUCCGUUAAGCAGGAAAAAUGCCAGCAGAAAAAUCCAAACACGCUCAAAGAGCAACAAUAAAUUUUACGACGGCCAUAAUAAAAAAAGAUUGGAGCACAAAUUUUAGCACUUGUCGUGUGUCUGAGUCAGGAAAAAUAGAGUUUCGCAAGGACUCGCCACUCAAAAUGCAUCCUUAUCCUUUAAGGGAAACUCACUUUCCCUGCGUGCGAAGAGAAUGACUCGUUGCUUUUUAAGCGGACCCAUAUAGUAUACAUAUAAAGCCACCCCAAAAAGAAUCCUCCCAUGGCACACGUAGCAAACUUUACGUCCACUUUUAUAGUUUUUUUAUGUAGCGCUGUCCCACUAAUUGCCACAUGACUUGGCCAAAGAUGACAGGACGCUGCAGGACGAAAGGAAAUUAAUGAAAUUACUUUAGUGUCGCCGGAAGGAGGGGGCGUAUUGCGUAUUGUAUAUGCAUUUAUCCAAUUGCACUUCGAUCGUAGCAUAUAGAUAUCUAUGUAACCAUGAUAGAUGUGACCACUUAUACCUAGUAAAUUAUUGAAUUUGUGGCCAACUCGAGGCAGUGCAUCCUUUUUGUCAUGAAAAGGGGGACCAAACGUACAAUGAAACAAAGAAUUCAAUACGAAAAACAUGUACUUUAUUUUAACUAAUUAAAUCGAACUAAGUGAGAUCUAUAAAUGUUGAUAGUAGAAAUUGUUAAAACUAUAUUCGAAAUACUUUAUGUACAAUAAAUACAAUAAAGAAAUGUUUAUGCAUGUUAC